AUGCAGUCUGCUACCGCUCUUCUGGCACUUGUUGCCUCUGUCAAUGGUAACGUUAUCCGGGGCCGUCAGCUCUCAGGUGCCGCCGCUGUCCCUGCGAAUCUCCAGCCGGCCAACUUGACUUCGGGCGGCGACUCUUUAUCUACAGACAUAUCGCCGCUGGAGUCAAACACUGAGCAGUACUAUCUCGGCUUCCGAGAGGUUGACUUUGAGAAGCCUUACGCGAAAUACUACAACCCGGUAGUUUCUCCCAUCUCGGACGCCCUUGUCAACGGCUUGGCCGGAAGCCCUUGGCCCAGUGCCUUCACAUACUCUGCCCAAGAUGCCGCCAAGUAUCUUGAGCAGCCCGGGUAUCUGAACUUGGAGAACGGCUACGCCAUUGGCAGCAACGGCACUCUCAUGAUUGCUGUUCGCAGCGAGAUCCCUCAAGUCACCUACGACCAGUACGACUGGUGGUUCGGCUGGCACUCUGUCGAAACGGCCCGGUACAAACUCUGGAACCCCAUCGCCCACCAGUACAGCUACCGCACACCCGACAGCGUGGACUGGGCCAACCGCACCUAUGCCCAGCGCUACAUUGGUGCCACGUCCUACAUUGACGAGUAUGUCGGCAACGACGCCGCCAAGCUGAGCAUCCAGUUCAUCGAGCCCGAGUCGAUUGGCUUCAACACAUCCGUCUGGCCGGAGCUCGGCAUUGAGACCGUGGUUGUUGGAAAGCUGUUCAUCGGCGACUACUCUCUGGAGGAGUUCGACCAGACUUCGUACUUCAUGCACAUGGUUCGCCGUAUGCCCAACGGCUACCGUGAGCUUCGAUCCCGCUUCUUUGUUGCGUCCGAUAACCACGGCAACGCUCAGCUGGGACACGACCUUACUGUUCACUGCAACAUCGAGAUGACCCAUCUUGGAUCCUUCCUCCCUGCCCUCUUCCAGGACUUCAAGGGUACCAAGUAA